AUGGAAGAGCACGAGCACACGGAUCCCAGUGGGAUGAGCUGGCAGGGAGGCGACGCGCUAUUGAUUUUUAUACUCGUGGUGCUCGGUCAAAUCCUCGCAACCGCACCACCCAAGGAGGAGGUCGGCAUAGAGGCCAAGCUGGCGGCGUUGCAGCGGGAGGCGCGACGGCUGGACGCGGUGUCGACGUUCGUGCGGUGGUCCAAGGUGCAGCGGCAGAUCCAGGCGCUCGAGAAGCAGCGCGACCGACUGCGCGCCGAGCGAAGCCGGAAGCGCUCCGUGCUCCUCGACAACCCCAUCGCUCUCUUCCUCCUCAAGCAUCUUCUGUCUCAGGUGGUACUCCCGAUGCUUUUGGUGGCGUGGUGGUGGAACACGCCGAUACUGGUAGCCGACGCGUCGACCUUUGGCCCGUGGUUCGUGGCGUCGUGGCUCGCGAUCCCCGGGUGGCCGGUCGGCACCGUCGGCGUGGUCGCGUGGGUCGCCAUCUGCCGCGGCGUCGCCCGCCUCCUCCCAUGA